UGCACCGGCAUCACGUUCGCCAGUCCGCGAGUUGGCACGACGGUAGUGCGUUCGACACUUCCGACGCGGUCGAGUAACGCUCCGAUACCUUUUUUUCCUUUUCCGCAUUAUUUUUUUUUUUUCAAUCACCUCUGCUCCGAAACUGUCAUCGACAGUUCGGUUUGACAUAUUAGCUUUUUUUGCGCUCUCGGAGCAGCCGAAGCGGUCGAUUUUUUUUGAUGCGUAUAUAUAUUAGUAAGAAUCACUGAUAGCCGUCGUGCCGAUCCCUUCGACUCCCUUCGGUCUUCCUUGUCCCGUAGCUGUCCGAAAGUUGAGAGAAUCGGUGGGCGACCGGAGAAAGAGGGAGAGAGAGAGAGAGAGAGAGAAGAAGGAAGGCUACUUUCGCUUACGUCGAAGUGUCACGAAGAUUGUUGUGUGUGUUACGGUUUUUGGACCAACGUUGACCAAUUCGUGCGCGGUCUUCCGAUAGUCAAAAAGAGGCGAUCGCUGCGGGAGUGAGAUAGACUUCGCUCCGGGAGGUUUUUCCGUCCAAAGUGUAGACCUCAGGAUAUAUAGCUCUUCGGCAACAUGUCGAUUAUAAUGCAGUACAUAGACCGGUUCCACGAUAUGUUGGACAAACACGCAGAUACGAGGACGACUGACUGGUUGCUGAUGAGUUCGCCCUUCCCCACGUUGUUUAUUUGCCUCACCUAUGUCUACGCCGUCAAAACAUUGGGUCCGAAGCUUAUGGAGAAUCGAAAACCUUUCCAGCUUAAGAAUACCCUGGUAGUCUACAACCUGUUUCAAGUAAUCUUCUCUGCGUGGUUGUUUUAUGAGUGUCUGAUGGGCGGAUGGUGGGACCAGUAUAGUUUCCGCUGCCAGCCAGUGGAUUAUUCCAACAGCCCCACCGCGAUAAGGAUAGGGAUGUCCGGCUGGCUGACUGGAGCCUAUUCUCUAAGGUGUCAACCUGUAGACUACAGCGACAGACCUGAAGUACUAAGGAUGGUCUACGCAAGCUGGUGGUAUUACUUCUCGAAAUUUACCGAAUUCAUGGACACGAUUUUCUUUGUAUUGAGAAAGAAGAACAAUCACGUGUCUACACUGCAUGUGAUUCAUCAUGGUUGUAUGCCCAUGUCGGUCUGGUUCGGUGUCAAGUUCACACCCGGCGGCCACUCGACCUUCUUCGGUCUAUUAAACACCUUCGUCCACAUCGUGAUGUAUACGUAUUAUCUUCUGGCGGCGAUGGGACCAAAGGUACAGCCGUACCUUUGGUGGAAGAAGUAUCUGACAGCAUUCCAGAUGCUACAGUUCAUCGCGAUCAUGGUCCACGCCUUCCAAUUGCUCUUCAUCGAGUGCAACUACCCGAAGGCGUUCGUCUGGUGGAUCGGUCUGCACGCCGUCAUGUUCCUCUUCCUGUUCAAGGAGUUCUACCAGCAGAGCUACCAGCAGAAGAGGCCCAGGAAGUCGAACGGCGUGGUGACCAACGGCGUCGCCAAGGGUGACCAAUCGAAGGGCAAGCACGCGAACGGCGUCGCCAACGGCGCGGCGAACGGCAGCAUCACUAACGGCGUCGCCAACGGUUCCUCACCCAGGAGGAGGGAUGCCGCCGAUUAUUAUGUAAAAGGCGAAAGCUUAGCGUCGGAGCUCAGCCUCCGAAAAUCGUUCGCGAAUGUCGAGUGACUUUCGAGCGGACGCUUAGCCUAGUCGAUCUUCUCUCUCGCCACGCGACGUCGUGUUUCUCUUUCCGUGAAAUGGUCCAAGGAUCCAGCGGGCUUUUUUCUCUUCCUCUUUCUCUCUCUUUCUUUUUAUCCUUAAUCUGCCAAUAUCAUGCGAAGGGUCGAAGGCUUCACCGAGAUCGACGCAUUUCUUUAUCAAAAAAGGAAAAAAAGUACAAAAUUAUGUCGCACGCUUGCAGCUCGCGGUAUACAAAUAUAUUGAUGUUUUUUGAUGAACGCGUGGCAACUCUCUAGCUGGUUCUAGCUAAGAUAACACGCGAGCGUAGUCCGGCGACUAAUGCAGAAGGACGGAUCGUGUCUUGGUGCUCCUACCAGCACGUAAUUUUUUUAUCUUGAAAAUCAUAUAAAUCGAAAUGUUUAGAUAAGACGAGUGAACAGAUCUGCGAUUUUCAGAGGCUCCGACGAUAAUUAUAGGGGAAAAGAACCGUUUAUUUCCGAAAUAAAUUGAAUUACACGAAAAAUGUAAUCUUCUUAUAUACAAGCAUUUAUAACAGCGCAUUUGAAACAAGUCAAGUGACUUUGAUACAAUUAUAAAAAGAAGUAGAAGUAGGAAAUCGGAAAGAAAUUGUGAAUAUCUGGGAGGCGACAGAAUAAACGUUAGCUUUCUGGGAUCUUCCCGAUAGUUAUAUUCAACGGCCAAUGAAUCAUCACGUCGACAUUCCUUGUUCGCCGCUUUCGUAAUUGGAAAUACUCGGAUGAGCGUUUUCGAUCCCUCUCUCGGUGCGCGGGAAAUGUGUUCCUUCCACUUUGAUAAAAAUAAACUCCGCUGACAUUUUACGAUCUCACACUCGUGCGCGCGCGCUUAGUAGAAAUUCGCGAUGUCGCGUUCCGAGGGACGUAGCGCGAUCCUGACGUUACGUAAGAGAAGAGAGAUUACGCGAAUAACGGUAAAUUACAAUAGCCGCAUUUUGACACGGUAUCGUUACGUAAUUAAAUGAGAUUUUUUUUCGUUUACAUUUCGGUCGCGUAGAAACGCACGUAAGACUCGCGCGCGCGUUUCAUCCAAAAGAGUCUAUGGUGACCUUAACCGAGUCGAAUGAUCGGACUUUCGAGGUUUCUCGCUUGCAUCAGCGCAAAAGGACCGCCGUAGAUCGAAGCUGGGAUGAGGAAUGUUCGUUAUGAUGAUGAAAAGUCACGGUCGUUGAAUAUCCGAUCUUAUUCAUCGUCGCAAUCUAUAUCACGUCAGAGUCUAUUGAACUCUGUCCAUUGCUCUCUCUUUCUCUCACCAUUAUGUAUAGAUUCGAAAAGUUUUAUUUUUCAUUGUUGUAUAUUAAUAUCGUAUAUAUUAUAUAAUGGUUAUCAUAAUCUAAAAUAUGAUCGAAUUAUAAAGAAAAUUGCAGUUUUAUAUACUAUAGAAUAUGAAUCAAUUUUGUAAAAUUAAGACGGGUCCAUAAUGGACCAGUUAUUCAAAAUUCAAAUUGUAUAAUGGUUAAAAAAAAUUAUAUAAAUUAUAUAAUAGUUAUCAUAAUUUAAAGUAUGAUCGAAUUAAAGAAAAUUGCAGUUUUAUAUACUAUAGAAUAUUAUGAAUCAAUUUUGUAAAAUUAAGACGGGUCCAUAAUGGACCAGUUAUUCAAAAUUCAAAUUAUAUAAUGGUUAUAAAAAAAAUAUAUAUAUAUAUAUAUAUAUAAAUUAUAUAAUAGUUAUCAUAAUCUAAAAUAUGAUCGAAUUAAAGAAAAUUGCAGUUUUAUAUACUAUAGAAUAUUAUGAAUCAAUUUUGUAAAAUUAAGACGGGUCCAUAAUGGACCACUUAUUAAAAAUUCAAAUUAUAUAAUGGUUAUAAAAAUAUAUAUAUAUAUAUAUAUAUAUAUAUAUAUAUAAAUUAUAUAAUGGUUAUCAUAAUCUAAAAUAUGAUAGAAUUAAAGAAAAUUGUAGUUUUAUAUACUAGAAUAUUAUAGAAUAUUAUGAAUCAAUUUUGUAAAAUUAAGACGGGUCCAUAAUGGACCAGUUGUUCAAAAUUCAACCGUAUACGAAUGUCAGAGUUGAAUGGACGGGAGUAAGAGUGCGAUCGCGUCAGAGUGUCUUAAGAAGACAGGCGUGCCUUUGCUCAAUACUUAAAGCUCAAAAGCAUAUCGGUUCGAAAUAUCAGCAACCGAUUUCUGUGAUCGUGUACGUCGACUCGCGUAUGAGAGACUCGACCCUCUCGUCUUUCCUUCUUCUCCUUCCUUCGCGCGCCCAGCAGCCGAUUUCCGGUCCCAGCGUCGCGACGCCCUCAUCGCGGAUCAUUCGCCGUCUUGGUUGUCACUAUUUAACGCGUAUGAAUACGCGAAGCGUGCGUUGCGUUUUACGAUCGUUAGUUCUUCGACUUGAAUCUCUCUUCGAGAUAUCUUAUUUAGGAUAAGAUAGCGAUUGACAAAUUAUUAAAUUAAAAAUUAUUAUUAUAUAAAAAAUGAAUACGAGUUAAUUAAUUAUAAUUAUCGGUUAAAGAACCGCUUAAAAGUAAGCUCUUUCUUCUCAGCAGAAAUCGAAGGAUUAAAAUAAUUUGAAAUGUUCAGCGCGUCUCGCUCGCUUCGCGCAUUUCAUAUAUAAUACAUAGCGUCUUGUACAUAUAGGUAAGUUAGUUUUAUAUUACGUUAAAAGAGAAGUUCGAGGUGCCGAGCCACACUUCGUAUCGAAAUAAUAAUAAUAAUAAAAAAUUUGAAUUGAGGGGUCAGAGUGCUAAUUUAUAUAAAUCCACAUGCGUGUAUGUAUAAGAGGCGAAAACUGUAUGAAUAAAAUCACAUUAAGAUGGACGAGUUAGAGUUGCGGCUACGUACAUAAAAAAAAAAUACAAAACAAAAAAAAACGUGUCAAAGAAACGACUUGAGGUUUCGAUUCUUCUUGAACCUCCAGUUCGAUUACUGCCCUUCCUUCGAAUCUUAUAAUUUGAAUAAUAUUUUAGAUUAUGACAUGUAUAAUUGAAGAGCUUAUUUUUAUAUAUAAGUGGACUUGGUUUAUUAUAAUUUCCUUCCUUUUCGUAAACAAGUAUAUUCUUGGUCAUUAAUUGGCCGGAGCUUAUGUCACUUAUUCUCUCGAAAACAAAAAAAAUUUAUAAAUAUUAAUUCUUCUAUCAUCUAAAUUGAUAAUAAGCUCUUCGAUCACGAUUUAUUAUGCAAUAAUGUUAUACAUGUACCGUACGUGAGCGACUAUCUAAAUUUACAAUGUGGAAUAUUAUGAGUAAAUUAAUUUUUUUGUAUUAAAAUAUCCACAAUAUAAUCGCUGUAACGACAAUAGGUAUUAAAUGUAUAUGUAUGGUACAAAAAAAAAAUAUACAUAGACAAUCCGGCGAACUCUUUUUCCCACUCGGCCGAGAGCUUGAAGUUAUUUUGUUGCAAGUGACUCGCCAGGGUGGGAUACGCCGAAGGCGAAUUAUGGGCGUGCGCUGCCAAAUCUCGUGAGAGAGUGAUCUGUGAAAAUUCCAAGUGCUCUUACACCGAGAGAACUUUUACAUUGUAUUGUAACAAAAAUUAAUUAAUCGCACAAUUGGUUAAUUACGUGUAUUAAUUACGUCACGUAUUUUUGUGAAAAAUAUAAGUUUAUUUACUA